GGUGCCAUUGCGGGCAAAAGGCUGUGUAACAAGGAGAAUUGUGGAUCGAAAAGACAAUAGUGACAUGGAGACACCAGCACACGGGGAGCUCUGUCCCGAUAGCUACAAUUACUACUGUCUUAAUGGAGGCACCUGCUACAUUCUGGUAUCCACACCCUUCUGCUGGUGUAACAACAGCUUCAAAGGAAAUCGAUGCGAGGAGUUCCUGCUCUCCAGCCACCAACCAAAACGGUCUGUAAGUUCACUGUUCAUCAUCCUCACUGUGGUCACCCUGCUCAUCGGGGUCCUAGUAAUCACGGUCAGGACCUACUUCUAUUGCAGGAAACGGCAGCAGAAGAGAAGGAAGGAGCGGGGCAGGAGCCUGUACCAAGUGGUGGCCAGACACAGGGACAAAGGCACUGGAGCCACAAAGCAUGAGCAAGACUGUCAACACAUCUAAGUGCGCGGCUGCUGUGCAGAAGUAGCCUACA